UGCAAUAUUGCAACCCAAACCUAGACUGGACUAGGCUUUUCGGGUCACCAUCCGCUCUGUACUUCGAUGCCAUGUUCCAGCCAACCUUCGAACUCUGUAGCAGAAUGUAGCGUUUUAGUGCGGAGUGAAACUGUGAAGGGAGCAAACGUCUUUUAGUCGAACGGAAACAUGCUUCUUCCUUUGCUUACCCCCCCGUUUUCCCGUUUGCCUGUGACCUCCGCCGGAAGGUCGUCUGCGCGAAUCCGGAAACCGUGGUAGGAAAUGGCAUAAAUUGUUCGAAUGCUUCGGUUCAUUUUGCUUUGCGGUAUGUUCCGAGUUUGCUGGGAAUUGGUCGGUUGGCAUUUUUCUUGUUGGCAUCUUCAUUGAGCCGGCCCUCGUUUGGUGGUUCGUUACCGACACCCCUGCACUUCAUGAGACAAUAGCAUCUUGUUCGUUGUUUUGUCUUACGUUUCCAUAGUUACCCAUAUUGUCUUUUUGGGGACGGAAUUAAAGCAGGCCGAACAUUAUUCGAACAUCAUGACCAUUUUUUUUUUUUUGGUUUCAGAUUCGGCAAAGAAAAUGAAAGUUUUUUUAAUUUAAUUAAAUAAGUUGAAUAAUGAUUUUUGUCAAUUUAUAUUUUUAAAUGCAUUUUUCCACCCAAUUUUCUCUUCUAUUUUCUAGAAGAUUUCUAUUUUUUCUAUUUUUUUUUAUUUUUCAGUUACGAUUGUUUCUUAUUUGUAUUUUCUUUAUAGUUUCGUAGUGCAGCAAAAUUUAAUAAUUGUUUGUAACAAAUCUCUUUCAGCUGUAUUCGAUUUUCAUCGACAUCAAACUAUUUUAAAUGCUAUCCUUUUUUACAUUUAGUAAGAUCACUUUAACCGAUUUCUCCUUGAUAACCUCGAUCGAAAUGAGAUCAUUUGCUUAAACAAACGAACAAUUCUCGAUACUUUUAUGAUUUUUUUUUAUUCAUAAAAAACGGCCUGGCCGUAUUGCUUAAUACUUUUUAUGAUAACAGGCACAAAAAAUGAAAGGUCAAAAUAAUUCGUAAAAUCAUUUGUAUGUGAUGUUGUGAAUCGUUAUUUUACUUUAAAUUAUAAUUCGUCUCCCUCCCUCUCUCCUUACAGCAUUCAGCAAAAGCAGCAAACAAUCUGUCUUAAUGAAUUCAUUUCGUCGGACCAAUCGAUCAUUUCGAACACUAUCGCAAACCAAAACACUUGCUCGCCUAGGAUUUGGACAACCUAAGAUGUUGGCUCGUCUUUUUGUCUUGUUUACGAAACGCGCUCCACGUCUAAUGAUGAUAGGGCUCAUGAUCGCUCUUUUCACAAACGAUCGGUGGGAAACAUUCUUCUUCAUUCGCAAUUUUUCACUCACUAGCACUGGCUCGUGUGCUUCUUGCUUUAAAGAAAAUCAAAUAAACAAAACGCCACAACUCACAGCCGGGACCAGAGUUCGUCGCUAGGUCAUGGAAAGCUUGGCGAUGGAAACGUGCUGGAAGUGAUCAUGCUGUCGAUGACGAUUUCCAUACGGUUGCGAUCGUUUACCUAUUUUGUAGAUUUCUUGCACGCUGUGGUUGGCGUUUUGUUCAGUGGUGGUUCAGUCUUCAACGAGUCUUCUACCGUGCUUGGUGUGAUAAUUUUCCUCUUCGACCUACAACAAUCGCGCUAUCGAGCGAAAAGGGGUCGAAACCAUGUGUUCCGGUGCGACAUUUAUAGCGUUAUGUUAUUUCUACGCCUGUUGUAAUUUGUUCAUGUCAAUCACUGCCAUCGCGAACGCGCAACGUGCCAGUCAAAUUAUCGGAUUUGACAACUGUACUGCCGGUGGCGAUACGUUCGAUAAGGACGACAGCAACGUACCGGGCGGAACGUGUAAUCAAUUCACAUACGCUUUUCUGCUGACCGACAGUGGGUUGAAUUGUCUCAUGUCAUUAGUGCUGCUGGUGGCCAUUUGCAUGCGGAAAACUCUUCUCCUGCGGCUGUACAUGGUACACCUGUGCGGCCAUAUGUGCUUCUGCUUCUACUGCUGGCUGGCUGUCCUGCUGGCGUUCCGUGGCACGGUCAACUCCACCACGCUGCUCUCCGUGUGGGGUGUCGUGCUGAUACUGAGCAGUGUUUACUUCGCGAUGGAGGUCUGGAUAAUGAGAGGAGCCUACGACGCUAUCCGGCAGGAACGUGCCAAGCGAAGGCAGGCGAUGGAAAGUGGCACCGGUUCCGCGCUGCUAAGCAUGGGUGGAUUUAUCUUAUGAGAAGUGUUCUAGUUUCAAUGCGCUGAGGUAAACACUUGGCGAGCGGCAUGGGUAAGUAGGGAGUUGGCAGGGACACAUUCGCGUGUGAUAUGAUAUACGUCAGAGCCGCUUGUCGUCUGUGUCGUUGGUAUGCGGGUGCGUUGGUAGAGUCAAUAAAUUGAAUUGCUUGUGAUGCGGUGAAUGGCGUAGCGAUUUUAAUGAGAAAUGGAAUGAAACGGAAGAUAAUAAAGCACCAAACGCUUGUGCAUGCGUUUGAGUAAAUGAAUUCCGGGUAAUGCGUGGAGUUGGAUUGAUGGGAAUCGAUAGUGUGCUGUGUGCAUAU